AUGUUGCGACGACGCAUUCUUCCGCUGGCCCUUUGGGUACAGCUAGCCAUAGCAUUCGGCUCGGAUAUGCUAAAGCUGAAGACUGGCUCUGAGAUGAUCUCUCUAUCCGAUGCAGCCAUGAGCGAGAUUCUACUCCCCGACAGCGUAUCAAACUUCACAGAACUGUUCGAAGACAACAAUCAGCUUCAAUCGUAUGGCUUACACGCAAGACAACGUCAAUGUACCCCUGCUCCAAUGGCGUACGAUGCUGUCCCGGAGGCGACACCUGCGUCCCAGGCGGUUGCUGCCGUGGCAACACCCAACAAUGCGGCUCAAGCAAAUGCUACGAUCCCUCUUCACAAAUCUGCUGCUCCAGCGGUAUCGCCUGUUCGAAAGGCAAAACAUGCGUCGACGGCGGUUGUUGUGACGCUGGUGAAUCCAAGUGCGGUUCAUCAGCCUGCUAUAACCCCAAAACAUCGGUCUGCUGUGGAAGUUCAGGUAUACACUGCCCCAAGGGAUAUGAUUGUCAGCCAGGUGGUGGAUGUUGUCCUGCUGGACAGAAGAGAUGCGGGAAUAGGCGACGAGUGCUGUGCUACUCGAGGAUGUGCAAACCCUGCCACUGAGAAGUGUUGUAAGAACGGUGGCUGUGAGAAAGGAACGACCUGUUGCGAGAACGAAUGCUGUCGCUCGAGUGGAUACUGUGGAUCAGACGGAUACUGCAAAGCUUGUCCUGUUCCUACAAGAACCAUCACGUCGACGUAUGCGUUCACUACGACUGCUAUGAGGACUGUCAGGGUUACAGAUGAUAUUGAGCCUGAUACUGGAAACGCACCUGAGUUUAGCUGUGUUCCUAUGACGGCUACGAAUGAUGUUGGGGCUACGCUGGAACUUGAUUCCGGAUGUGUUCUUCACUAUGAACCUCCUGGAGAGACAAGCACGGGUGGUCGUGCUCGUCGCGACAUCGAAGCUCCUACGGCGACAGCACCUGCGCCUGUCGAUCGUGGUCUAUUAGCUCGACAGGCAUCUUGUAACCCGUCUACCACCUACACGAGUACGAUCUGGAAGACAGAACUGUAUACCCGGACGGGAACUCAGACGGUGACGGUAGCGGGUGAAGAUGCGACGUUCUCAUGUCCCGAGAUGGAAGUCACAAAUGAUGUUGGUGACACCCUUGCUUUGGAUGAAGAGUGUGUUUUAUCGUUUUCUCCGGCUGAACCUACUGCUAGUGGGCUUUCACCGCAGGGAGGUGGACAAGGAGGAGGUCAAGCUGGGGGUGGUUCAGCUGGGCCUUCUGCGGCGGCGGGUGGGGAUGGUGAUAGUGUUGGCUCGGUUGAAAGAGUUCAGGUGCUUUUGACGGUUGGAUUUGUCAUCGUGUCUGUUGUUUUGGUCGCUCUUUGA